ACCUUCUGCAGUGCCAACAUCAGAGAUAGAAAUUUCUAAAAAAUUAAAAAUAAAUUAGAAAAAUGUCUGUUUAAUAUAAUCUCCUCUAUGGUUCUGAGAAGUCGAAGAAUGGAUUGAAAAAAAAGAACCGAAGAGGCGAAGAAUGAGUGAAUUAUAGUGACAAGAGUUAAUUUAUCCAAUAAUUAUGAUAUUUUAUCUGUGGUUUCUAGUCCUCAACUCUCUAGUUCUCAUCACUAAUUCUAGAUCAGUUAAAACAGUGACAUAUUCACAAGAAGAAGCAUUUUCAAGGCUGGUCGGAUACGAGGGUUCGUUUAUGGUAAACCUGUCUCUGGACUUCAGAACAUACCAGGGAAAUGGGGUUAUUCUCUACCAUAAAUUCAGUUCUGAAGGAUUCAUUAAGAUUUAUCUUAAUCAGUCCCAAAUAUCAGCAAUAUUACAAUACUCAGAGGUUCAACCCAUCAUUCUUCAGUUCAACCAGAUGAUGAAUGAAGGUUCCUGGCAUAAAUUAGGAUUCUUUUUAAAUGGAGAAGCAGCAAUUUUAAAACUUGAUGGAGAAUCAUUGAUGUCAACAAUAGUCAAGGAGGUUAGAACAGGAAGUUAUUAUGAUAUUGGAGGAGGACUACAUGGUGAGGUUGGGUUUAGAGGCUGUCUGAGAAACCUUGUAAUUGAUGGGAAACCCAGGGAGUUAGAAACAGAAGAUGGUGUUCAAGUUGGCUGUGCUCUAGAGGAUACAUGUGGAUGCAGGCAUGGAGGAAUCUGCUUUAAAGAUGUGUGCAACUGUACAGGAACAGGGUACAGUGGUACAACUUGUGGUAUAUCCUUAAACCCCACCUCAUGUACACAGGUGUUUGAGUCUAUAAACAGUGGUUUGAGUCUAGAUAUACCUAGUUCAUAUAUCAUAGAUCUAGAUGGAUCGGGUCAACUCAAACCUGUCACUGUCAAAUGCAGUAUACGAGGAGAGGAAAUAGUUACAACUAUUGAACAUGAUAACGAAGAAGAUACUAAAAUUGACGGGUUUCAGGAGCCAGGGUCCUUCAAACAAAAUAUUCAUUAUCACGCUCCCUGGGAGUUUAUUGAAGAGCUGGUCAAUAUAUCUUCCUCGUGCUCACAGUAUCUCAGAUAUGAUUGUAAGGAGUCGAGAUUGCUCGAGGGUGGGGCUGGUUGGUGGGUCUCCAGUACUGGAGAAAGAAUGGAGAAUUGGCCAGGAGACCCUGCACCUUUCUCUUCUCAACGCCUUCCUCCAUUUUCGAUUUCUGCUGAUUUAUCAUCCAUUCAUCCCUCCUCCUCCUCCUCCUCCAUUUCCUCUGGUAUAUGUGGAUGUGGAGUGGAUAGAACAUGUUUCAAUUCAACCAAAUCCUGCAACUGUGAUUCUCAAUCCUCAUCCUGGCAGUCAGACGGAGGUUUCAUCAAUAGCAAGAAGAAUUUACCCGUUGCAGCAUUGUUCUUUGGUGAUACAGGAACUCCUUUUGAUAACAAGGAAGCAAGGUUUAGCUUGGGUCCGCUCAUGUGUACAGGACAUAAUGCAAACCCAUCAGCUUCAAUCCAGGAGUUGGAUGACAAGGUUUACCUGGAUAGUUUUCCUACGGAGAUGUCAACGCUGGAAUUCGAGUUCAAAACUAAAGGAUAUCAAGGGAAUCUGUUUCAACUGGUUUUACUACUAAAAUCUAAGGAUACCCAAUUGGUGGAUGUGAGAGUAGAUUGUGGGGAAAAUAUUGCUAACAGUAACAUUAUUGUCAACAGAAAAGUAGUGUUUACAGCACUAAGGUUGUGUGAUGAUAAAUGGCACUCUGUUAUCCUUGAGAGAUCUCAUCUAGGUGUCUUUAUAGGUCUGGAUAGAACUAAGAUAUAUCAGGAUACAACAUCUAUACCCAGAGCAUUGAGGGUUCAGCUGGGUGGCAAGGAUGAAAUGAAGUUUUCUGGAAGUUUGAAAUUGGUUAAAGUGGAUUCUGAUAGUGUUGACCUGGUAUCGUUGAUCCAGCAGGUUGAUGCUGUACACCCUUGUUCCGGUCAACCUUGUAAAAAUGGCGGGGUCUGUACACCGGAAGGAGAUAAACCAAUUUGCGACUGUAGCAAAGUCCCGUAUCAAGGUGAAUUCUGUGAAUUUGAUCUUGGUCUAAGUUUUGCCGCUGAAGAAUCUUUUUCACUUCUUCUAGCAAACCAAUCAAUUAAUUUAAGAUCUGUUCUUGUUGGUGUAUCCACAAAAUCCAGAGAGGGAACUAUUUUGAGUGCAAAAUAUAUGGAGUCUGAAGUAUUCAGGUUGUCUAUAAACCGGAUGGGUCAGCUGAGUUUGACCUACCACCUAGGUAGAAAAUAUACGGUCUUCAUUCUCGAAUCUUCUUACAGGAAUCAAGAUUUCCAUCUAAUAUCUAUCAAGGUGGACGAUGAUGGAAGAAGCGUAAAAGUGGUAGAUGGUUUGUUGGAGAAGGUUUAUGAGCUGGGACCUCUGGACUGGAAAAUACUAAGUGAAGUACAAUCUUUACACAUCGGAGGAGGAAUAUCAGGCUGCAUUUCUAGUCUAGUAGUUGGAGAUAUUAUUGUACUCAAACAUUUCAAUAUCGUACACAGUACAAGUACACAAUAUUGCGAUAUUGAGAGCAGAAGCAGAAGCUCUCAGAGUAAAUACUUUUCCUCUUCAUACUCAGUCGAGGUUGUUGCUAACUCUCUUGUUCUUGGGUUGGGAGUCUCUCUCCUUGUUGUACUGAUCUCCUUGGUUCUACUUACCUCUAUCAGGUGUAUGCGGAGACAUAAGGGCGGAUACUAUACCAGGGAGGAUGAAGGAGAACUCGGAGCAAAGGAUCCUGAUACUGCAGUUCUCAGGGGGGUUACAGGAUGCAAGGUUGAGCGAAGAAGAGAAUGGAUACUCUAGACUAAAAUAAAUAGACUGUUCACUGUUUACAGCUUGAUAAUCUGCUUACAAUUGUGAAUGAAGAUAAAGUGUUAGUUUCAGAGUUUGUCGAAAUAUUUGAAAAAUCACUUGUAUUCAUUAAAUAUGCAUUCAAGCAAGAUGAAUUCCUGCUGUAACACACAAAACAUAAAUUAUAUUUCUCAUUUCUUUUCAUCAAAAAGUUUAUUAAGAUGUAUCUUAAUAAGGUAAAUAUAUUAUUUCAUGAUCUCAAAAUUACCGGUAUGUUGUCAAAUACAAGGUUGUAACCUAAACAAUAAAAAUAUAGAAAACAUUAUGCAAAAGGAAAAAAAUCCGAGAACGUUUUUAAUUUUUAAACGAAAUCAAUUAUUUGAAAAAAAAUGAAAAAGUAAUCAUGCACUGUGUGUAAGUCUAUAUCUAGAAAAUAAUAUUUUAACUCAGAUCAUAAAUAUUAAUUGUCAGUAUUUAAACCCUUUACAAGUACCAAUAUAAAGUAUGUAAAAGAUAUGAGUUGUUUGUGAAAUAUA